AUGGCGAGCUUCGCAUAUUUCUCCACGAGAAGACUGGACGAUGUCACACACGAUUUGAAGAUUCGCAUCGAUGCCGAACAUCCCGAAUGCGUGGCGCGGUCUGGCCUAAACGCGAGCGUUGCGGAUAAGUUUUGGGAUACACUCGUGUAUCCCGAAGGGAGGCCGUUUCAGUGCUACAUCGAGUGCUUGUAUAAGGCUUUUAAUAUCCUGAGGGAGGAUGGCACCUUGGAUGGAGAGUUCCUAAUUCAAACUUUUGAAAUAGCCACGGAGGAAGGUGUUAAGGCCUGCAGUGACCAAAUGAAAGUCGGAACAGAUGGAUGCGAGAGAGCUUUCAAUUUUGACGUUUGCGUGACGAAAUUUUACCAGGACUUGGCGGGUUAAUGUGCUGAUGUUACCAUAAACGAAACUGGUUUUGAAACUCUAUGAUGACCGCUUUUUAAUCAUAUAAGUUUUCAGUUAUAUAAUUCUAAUGUAAUAUAUUAUAAUGACAUAAGUAAUAAUGAUAAACUUUUCUUGCAUAUUUGGUAGGCAUGGGAAUAGUUCGUAAAUGUACUUUUUUGCUAAUGCAACACCCUAUAUUUAUAUACGAAAUCCCCACUAGGUAGAGAAUAUUAUAAUUGUCAAUAAAUGUUGUCAUGUGUCA